CCGGGGCGGAAGGACACACGAGGCGCAGAGAAGCAGAAACUUUCUGCCAAAACUCCGGGCGUCGGCGGCUUCUGGGACUGGUGCUUGGGCUGCACGACUCCGGAGCGCGGGGCCGUUUAGGCACUGCGCUAAACCGGCCUGGGGCCUCUUGUGGAGGCUCCUAGCGCUGCGCUGCAGUCCCAGAGUGGGGGGGAUCCUCGGCAGGGACCCCCCCGCCCCAUGUGGAUCAGCUCGGGCGGUGGAGGAGGAGGAGGAGAAGAAGGAGGAGGCGACCGAGAAGAUGCCCGCCCUGCGCCCUGUCCCGCUCUGCCUGUUGCUGGGUCUCUGGCUGUGCCAAGGCGCGCCCACCCUAGCAAUACAGUGUCUCGAUGCUUUUAAGCCCUGCGUAAAUGAAGGAAAAUGUGUUACCUACCACAAUGGCACAGAAUACUGCAAGUGUCCAGAGGGCUUCCUAGGAGAGUAUUGCCAGCUGCAGGAUCCCUGCGAGAGGACCAGAUGCCAGAACGGAGGAACCUGUGUGCCUCUGGCCAUGCAGGGGAAGGCCACGUGCCGCUGUGCGCCAGGCUUCACGGGUGAGGACUGCCAGUACUCCACCUCCCACCUGUGCUUUGUCUCUCGCCCCUGCCAUCAUGGAGGCACUUGUAUCACGCGUAGCCAAGACACCUACGAAUGCAUCUGCCCAUCAGGCCGUACAGGAAAGCAAUGCCAGUGGAUCGAUGCCUGCUUAUCUCAGCCAUGUGCCAAUGGAAGCACCUGUACCACCAUGGCCAACCAGUUCUCCUGUAGCUGCCCAGCAGGCUACACAGGACAGAAGUGUGACACUGACCUGAAUGAAUGUGACCUGCCUGGGCGCUGCCAGCAUGGCGGCACAUGCCUCAAUCUGCCAGGCUCUUACCAGUGUCAGUGUCCACAGGGUUUCACUGGGCAGCACUGUGACAGUCCCUAUGUGCCGUGCGCUCCCUCGCCAUGCGUGAAUGGAGGGACUUGCCGUCAGACUGGUGACUUUACCUUUGAAUGCAACUGCCUGCCAGGUUUCGAAGGGAACACUUGUGAGCGGAAUAUUGAUGACUGUCCAAACCACAAUUGUCAGAAUGGAGGCGUUUGUGUGGAUGGGGUCAAUACUUACAACUGUCGCUGCCCCCCACAGUGGACAGGUCAAUUUUGUACAGAGGAUGUGGACGAGUGCCAGCUGCAGCCCAAUGCUUGCCAAAAUGGUGGCACCUGCACCAACCACAAUGGGGGCUAUGGGUGUGUCUGUGUCAAUGGCUGGAGUGGCGAUGACUGCAGUGAGAAUAUCGAUGACUGUGCCUUUGCUGCCUGCACUCCAGGCUCUACCUGCAUUGACCGGGUGGCCUCCUUCUCCUGCACAUGCCCAGAAGGAAAGGCAGGUCUUCUGUGUCACUUGGAUGAUGCAUGCAUUAGCAACCCAUGCCAUAAAGGGGCGCUGUGUGACACCAACCCUCUGAAUGGGCAAUACAUCUGCACCUGCCCACAGGGCUACAAGGGGGCUGCCUGCACUGAUGAUGUGGAUGAAUGUGCCAUGGCCAAUAGUAAUCCGUGUGAACAUGCGGGAAAAUGUGUGAACACAGAAGGUGCCUUCCACUGUGAGUGCCUGAAGGGCUACUCAGGCCCCCGCUGUGAGAUGGACAUCAACGAGUGCCAUUCCGAUCCUUGCCAGAAUGAUGCCACCUGCUUGGACAAGAUUGGAGGGUUCACGUGCCUCUGCAUGCCAGGCUUCAAAGGUGUGCACUGUGAAUUGGAGAUCAAUGAGUGUCAGAGCAACCCUUGUGUGAACAACGGCAAGUGUGUAGACAAAGUCAACCGUUUCCAGUGUGUCUGUCCUCCUGGUUUCACUGGAUCUGUCUGCCAGAUUGACAUCGAUGACUGCUCCAGUACUCCAUGCCUAAAUGGUGCAAAAUGCAUUGACCAUCCCAAUGGAUAUGAAUGCCAGUGUGCUACAGGUUUCAACGGACUCCUGUGUGAGGAGAAUAUUGACAACUGUGACCCUGAUCCCUGUCACCAUGGCCAAUGCCAGGAUGGGAUCGAUUCCUACACCUGCAUCUGCAACGCCGGGUACAUGGGAGCCAUCUGCAGCGAGCAGAUCGACGAGUGCCUGAGCAGCCCUUGCUUGAACGAAGGACGAUGCAUUGACCUGGUGAACGGCUACCAGUGCAACUGCCAGCCUGGCACCUCAGGAGUGAAUUGUGAGAUUAAUUUUGAUGAUUGUGCAAGUAAUCCCUGUGCCCAGGGGAUCUGUAUAGAUGGGAUUAAUCGCUACAAUUGUGUCUGUUUACCAGGAUUUACAGGACAAAGAUGCAAUGUUGACAUUGAUGAGUGUGCCUCAAACCCAUGCCGCAAGGGCGCAACAUGCAUCAAUGAUGUGAAUGGUUUCCGUUGCAUCUGCCCAGAAGGACCUCAUGAUUCCAGUUGUUAUUCACAAGUGAAUGAAUGCCUCAGCAACCCCUGCAUCCAUGGGAACUGUACAGGUGUUGCCAAUGGGUACAAGUGCCUCUGUGAAGCAGGCUGGGUUGGCACCAAUUGUGAGGUGGACAAAAAUGAAUGUCUCUCCAACCCCUGCCAGAAUGGAGGAACCUGUGACAAUCUGGUGAAUGGAUACAGGUGUUCCUGCAAGCCAGGCUUUAAAGGUUACCAUUGCCAAGUCAACAUUGACGAAUGUGCUUCAAAUCCAUGCCUUAAUCAAGGCACGUGCACCGAUGACAUUAGUGGCUACACUUGCCAUUGUAUUCUUCCAUAUACAGGCAAGAAUUGUCAGACGGUGCUGGACCCUUGCAACCCCAAUCCAUGUGAAAAUGAUGCCAUUUGCCAGGAAUCUCAAAAUUUUGAGAGUUACACCUGCCUGUGUGCUCCUGGCUGGAAAGGGCCGCGGUGUAAUGAGGACAUUGAUGAGUGUGUCUCCAAGCCAUGCAUGAACCGGGGUCUCUGCCAUAACACGGAGGGUAGCUACCUGUGCAAGUGUCUCCCUGGCUUUACUGGUGUGGACUGUGAAGAAGACAUCGACGAUUGCCUAGCUAAUCCCUGCCAGAAUGGUGCUUCCUGUGUAGAUGGAGUAAACACCUUCUCCUGCCUUUGUUUGCCGGGGUUCAACGGUGAUAGGUGCCAGACAGACAUGAAUGAGUGUCUGAGUGAACCCUGCAAGAACGGAGGCACCUGCUCCGACUAUGUCAACAGUUACACCUGCAAAUGCCAGGCUGGAUUUGAUGGAACUCACUGUGAGAACAACAUUGAUGAAUGCACUGAGAGUUCUUGCUUCAAUGGCGGCACUUGUGUAGAUGGGAUCAACUCCUUCUCUUGUCUGUGCCCCGUGGGUUUCACUGGCCCUUUCUGCCUUCAUGAGAUCAACGAGUGCAACUCCCACCCAUGCCUGAAUGAGGGCACCUGCAUCGAUGGCCUGGGGACCUAUCGCUGCAACUGCCCAUUGGGCUACACAGGGAAAAACUGUCAGACCCUUGUAAACCUUUGUAGCCGGUCACCGUGUAAAAAUAAAGGCACCUGCACUCAGAGGAAAGCAGAGUCUCAGUGUUUGUGUCCAUCAGGAUGGACAGGUGCUUAUUGUGAUGUGCCCAAGGUCUCCUGUGAGGUGGCAGCUUCCCGUAGAGGAGUGCCUGUUAAUCGCCUGUGUGAACAUUCUGGGACUUGCAUUGAUGCUGGCAAUACUCACCAUUGCCAAUGCCCCCUGGGCUAUACGGGCAGCUAUUGUGAAGAGCAGCUGGAUGAAUGUGCCUCCAAUCCCUGCCAGCAUGGAGCCACUUGCAAAGACUAUGUUGGAGGAUAUAGAUGUGAGUGUAUACCAGGAUACCAAGGUGUCAACUGUGAAUACGAGGUAGAUGAAUGCCAAUACCAGCCAUGCCAGAAUGGAGGGACUUGCAUUGACCUGGUGAACCAUUUCAAGUGUUCCUGCCCACCGGGCACUCGAGGCCUGCGGUGUGAAGAAAACAUUGAUGACUGUGCCCCGGACGCGGGAGGCCCCCACUGCCUCAAUGGCGGGCAGUGUGUGGAUAAGAUCGGGGGCUACACCUGCCGUUGCCUUCCUGGCUUUGCUGGCGAGCGUUGUGAAGGGGACAUCAAUGAAUGCCUCUCCAACCCCUGCAGCUCUGAAGGCAGCUUGGACUGUAUCCAGCUCAUCAAUAACUACUCGUGCGUCUGCCGGAGCACCUUCACUGGCCGACACUGUGAGACCUUCCUGGACGUCUGUCCCCAGAUGCCGUGCCUGAACGGAGGUGUCUGUGCCGUUGCCAGCAACAUGCCCAAUGGCUUCAUCUGUCAUUGCCCUCCGGGCUUCUCGGGGGCGAGGUGCCAGAGCACGUGCGGACACAUGAAGUGUAAGAAGGGAGAGCAGUGCGUCCACACCACCCUGGGGCCCCGCUGCUUCUGCCCCCGGCCCGAGGACUGCGAGACGGGAUGCGCCAGCGGGCCGUGCCGGCACGGGGGCAGCUGCUCCCCUCAGAAGGAGCCCCCCUACUACGCCUGCCGCUGCCCCCCGUCCUUCUGGGGCAGCCACUGCGAGUUCUCCUCGGGGCCCACCCUGGGCCCCCCGCCCACCUGCCUGAGCCGGCACUGCGCCGACAAGGCCCGCGACGGGGUCUGCGACGAAGACUGCAACAGCCACGCGUGCCACUGGGACGGGGGCGACUGCUCGCUCACCAUGGAGGACCCCUGGGCCAACUGCUCCUCCCCGCUGCCCUGCUGGGACCGCAUCAACCACCAGUGCGACGAGCUGUGCAACACGGCCGAGUGCCUGUUCGACAACUUCGAGUGCCAGGGGAACAGUAAGACGUGCAAAUAUGACAAAUACUGCGCUGACCACUUCAAUGACAACCAUUGUGACCAGGGUUGUAACAGUGAGGAGUGUGCCUGGGAUGGGCUGGACUGCGCCACUGACCAGCCCGAGAACCUCGCCGAGGGCACCCUGGUCAUUGUGGUGCUGAUGCCUCCAGCGCAGCUGCUCCAGGAUGCCCGCAGCUUCCUGCGGUCUCUGGGCACUCUGCUCCACACCAACGUGCGCAUCAAACAAGAUGCUCAGGGGGCCCUCAUGGUGUUCCCCUACUAUGGCGAGAAGACGACAGUGGCAGGCAAAAAGCCAGGGCUGACCCGGAGAUCCCUCCCAGAGGAGCAUGAACAAGAAGUGGCAGGCUCCAAGGUAUUCCUAGAAAUUGACAACCGCCAGUGUGUCCAGGCUUCAGAACAAUGCUUCAAAAACACCGAUGCUGCUGCAGCUCUCCUGGCCUCUCAGGCCAUCCAAGGCACCCUGUCCUAUCCGCUUGUGUCCGUCUUGAGUGAGACUCCAGAUCCAAAGCCCACCCGGCUUCUCUACCUGCUGGCUGUGGCCAUCGUCAUCGUCCUCCUUAUAAUGCUCUUGGGAGUGAUCUUGGCAAAACGCAAGCGGAAGCAUGGCUCUCUCUGGCUACCAGAAGGAUUCAUCCUGCGGCGGGAUUCCAACAACCAUAAGCGCCGGGAGCCUGUUGGACAAGACGCGGUGGGACUGAAAAGCCUGUCGGUCCAAGUUCCAGAGGGUAACUUAAUUGACUCCAGCACCAAUGAACAUUGGGUAGAUGAUGGAGCACCCCAGCCAAAGAGAACCAAGGCGGAAGAUCAGGCUUUACUUUCAGAAGAAGAUGACCCAAUAGACAGACGGCAGUGGACACAACAACACCUUGAAGCUGCAGAUAUUCGGAGGACCCCAUCCUUAGCCCUCACCCCUCCUCAAGCUGAGCAAGAAGUGGAUGUGCUGGAUGUGAAUGUCAGAGGACCAGAUGGCUGUACGCCACUGAUGCUGGCAUCCCUCCGAGGAGGCAGCUCUGACUUGAGCGAGGAUGAUGAGGAAGCAGACGACUCUUCAGCUAACAUCAUUACAGACCUGGUUUAUCAGGGUGCCAGUCUUCAGGCUCAGACGGACCGGACAGGGGAGAUGGCUCUGCACUUGGCAGCUCGGUACUCCAGGGCGGAUGCUGCCAAACGCCUGCUUGAUGCGGGCGCCGAUGCCAAUGCCCAGGACAACAUGGGCCGGUGUCCCCUUCAUGCUGCUGUGGCAGCUGAUGCCCAAGGUGUCUUCCAGAUUUUGAUCCGUAACCGAGCGACAGACCUGGAUGCUCGAAUGCACGAUGGGACAACGCCUCUGAUCCUGGCUGCACGACUGGCUGUUGAAGGCAUGGUGGCUGAGCUGAUCAAUUGCCAAGCAGACGUCAAUGCAGUGGAUGACCAUGGGAAAUCUGCACUCCACUGGGCGGCUGCAGUCAACAACGUGGAGGCUACCUUGGUAUUGCUGAAAAACGGGGCCAACAGGGACAUGCAGGACAACAAGGAGGAGACGCCUCUGUUCCUCGCCGCUCGGGAAGGGAGCUACGAAGCGGCCAAGAUCCUGUUGGACCAUUUUGCCAACCGGGACAUCACAGACCACAUGGACCGGCUCCCCAGAGACGUGGCCCGGGACCGCAUGCACCACGACAUCGUGCGCCUCCUGAAUGAGUACAACGUGGCGCACAGCCCCCCCGGCACCGUGCUGACCUCGGCCCUGUCGCCCGUCAUCUGCGGCCCCAACAGGUCCUUCCUCAACCUGAAGCACACCCCCGGGGGCAAGAAGCCCCGGCGCCCCAACGCCAAGGGCGCCAUGCCCAGCAGCCUGCCCAACCUGGCCAAGGAGGCCAAAGAGGCCAAGGGCGGGCGCAGGAAGAAGUCUCUGAGCGACAAGGGCCAGCUGUCCGAGAGCUCGGUGACCCUGUCCCCCGUCGACUCCCUGGAGUCUCCUCACACUUACGUUUCCGACACCACGUCUUCUCCCAUGAUCACGUCGCCGGGGCUCCUGCAGGCGUCCCCCAGCCCGAUGCUGGCCGCCGCGGCGCCCGCGGCCCCGGUCCACGCCCAGCACGCCGUCUCCUUCUCCAGCCUGCAUGAGCUGCAGCCUCUGGGCCACGGGACCGCCACGGUCCUCCCCUCCGUCAGUCAGCUGCUGCCCCAUCACCACCUGGCCCAGGCAGGCAGCGGCGCGGGCUCGGCCAGGCUGCACCGCGUCGCCGUCCCGGCCGACUGGAUGAGUCGGAUGGAGAUGAACGAGACCCAGUACAAUGAGAUGUUCGGCAUGGUUCUGGCACCGGCCGAGAGCGCGCACUCAGUCCUGGCCCCCCAGAGCCGGCCGGGGCAGCCUGACGGGAAGCACAUAGCCCCCUCCCAAGAGCCCUUGCCCCCCAUCAUGACUUUCCAGCUGAUUCCCAAAGGCAGUAUCGCCCAGCCGGCUGGGGCCGCCCAGCCACAAGCCAGCUGCCCCCCAGCCGUGGCUGGCCCGCUGCCCGCCAUGUACCAGAUCCCCGAUAUGGCCCGUUUGCCCGGCGUGGCAUUUCCCGCGGGGAUGAUGCCCCAGCAGGAUGGGCAGGCAGCGCAGACUGUCCUCCCGUCCUACCACCCCUUCCCGAGUUCUGUGGGGAAGUACCCCACCCCCCCGUCACAGCACAGCUAUGCCUCCUCGACCGCCGCCGAGCGGACGCCCAGCCACAGCGGCCACCUCCAGGGCGAACACCCUUAUCUCACCCCGUCCCCAGAGUCUCCGGACCAGUGGUCCAGCUCCUCCCCUCACUCUGCCUCUGACUGGUCCGAUGUGACCACCAGCCCUACUCCCGGGGGGUCCGGGGGGGGCCAGCGAGGGCCCGGGGCACACAUGGCGGAGCCGCCCCCGCGCACCAACAUGCAGGUGUACGCGUGAGAGAGGGCGGCCUCCCGGGCCGGGACUGAACUGGCGGGCAUGUGGUCAGUGCUGCUGAGGAGCAAAAUGAAGGUCAUCCAGGACGGAAAUGAAGAAACUUGGAAACGGGGCUCCUGGAGCAGGACAGAUGGGAAGCGGCGGGCGUCCGUCGUCACGGCGCACCCCUGGAGGGCUUACCCUGCCCUGCCAACCAUUUGGGAACUGAACCUUGUCCAUGGGAGUCGUGGGCGUGCUUUCCCCGUGGUUUACCAGUGACAGCUGUCCUUUGUCACAAGUUGGAGUCUGGAAAUGGGUGGGAAGCCCCGGCGUUCCUGCCGCGUCUCGUGGGAACUUACAUCUUCCUGUUAGUCCUAAAAUGACUUUCCUCACCUUAUCCUCGGAAAUUCCUUUCCUCGUUUGGUGCUUACGUGUCUGCACCUUCUUAUCAGUAGUUCUCAUUCCACAUGUCUACACCUGUAUAUGUUCUAGUUAUAUGUAUGUAUUUAAGGCUUUUAAUCAUUCCUGUCCAGGAAGGCAAUUGUCACCUUCUCGUUCCAUCCCCAUUUCCAAAUGCCCCAGGAGCCUCGUAGGGCUUGUUUUGGUUAUGUUCUCAUCACGUCCCAAAGUAUGCUUCUUCGAGGAACGGGCACGUGUCCAUUCUACCCAUCGCCUCUUUACCAGAGGGACCGCGGAGGGAUGAUUUUCCCCUGUUGUCCCAUCUUCUUCCCACCACCAGCCCCCUCAGUGGAGAGGACGGCUGUGGCAACCUAGAUACGUUGAAUUGAACAUAAAUAAGAGAAAAAUGACCUUUUAUGCCCAAUAAGUGUUUGACCAUAGUAUGGUUUCCCAAGUUCUUCACUCACUGCCAGUGGGGAAACUCAAAAGAAUCUUCUGUCAUAUUUUCCUUCUCCUUUAUUUCAUCUUCCAAUGAAAACGACUCAUAACUGUCAGGCUCUUCCUGCCAUUCAUCUUUACGUGAAGAAGCCUUGAGUUUAAAUGCCCCGAUGAGUGACCUCAGAGCUCAGUGCUGAACUUCUCUAUCACGUAGCUCUGGUGCCCCCUUCCCAAUCUUCUCUCUGCUUCCAGAUCCUUACACUUGCCUUCCGUCAAAUACUUAGUUGUCCUAAUACAUAUGUGGGUGUGUGGGUGUGUAAAUGUGUAACAUUUACACACCCACACACACACACAUAUACACUUACACACACACCCUUGCACGUUCCUAAUUCCUCUUUAGAAAAAUGGUUUAUUCUCAACCCAAUCCAAGGGUUUGUCCCAGGAAUGUGUUCGAAGCACAGGGGAACCAUAGCAGCUGGCAUUUGGAGAUAUUUGGAGAUAACCCUAAAUUCACUAGUAUCUUUUAGACCAAAUCGAGCAUCCCUUUUUAAAGGCUAGUAUCUAGCCUUUUGGAAGGACCCUUCCUUCAUGGGUGCUUGAGAAUGGCAAGUUGUAUUUGUGAUUUUGCUCCUUUUCACUUCUUUGGGUCUAUCCUGACUUCACUCUUGUGUGGGGACAGGCCAUCCAGCCUCAAGCACUAGCCAGACACGUUGACCAUCCUCGUACUCUUUACCAGUUCAAUAUUAUGAUUGUCAGCCAUAGAAAUAGAGCCAGGAACAUCUGAAGAGUGGUUUUUCCAUCUGGUUAGAAGAUUUGAACCCUGAUCAAAUAUGUAGGGCCAGGCCAUCAUUCUCACAUUUCCAGAGACUUCCAGGACACUUUUUAAAGGUUCAUGGGUGAAUUAUUCAUUUGGUAACAACUUCAGUCCUUAUUCCUGCCAAGGCCUGGAGGCAUUCUGUGGAACUACACAAGAGUCUGAUAUAUCUAAUAUGGUGUUACAUGGAAACUGCCCAUUUGUGGACAGGUAUGGUUAGCCCAGAUGGCCAGAAGGGCGUCACUAAAGUGUACAGAAACAUUUAGAGCCUCUGAAAUCCAUCGGUUCUGUUUCAAAUCCCUGAGAGACUAAACAAAGCGCUUCAAGAAUGAGAACAAAUUCAACUAGUUUUCUCAACUUUCAAAGCCAUCAACAAAAACAUUCUCCAAAUGUAAUUAUCAUUUUGAAAGGUUUGUUUCAGUUAUUCUGCCUGGCCAACAUCAGAGACAACUUGACAUUUGAAUUUUUCUUUACCUACUUUAAGAGGGAGUACAUUGGGGCUUCAUCUGGAAUAAUCCAGAUUCAAAAACAUUCCCAAUUAGGCAGGCCUCACUGAAAACUAAUAAUUUUCCACAUUUAGGCCAUUUAAUAAUCUACUUUUCCCAUCCACUGUGGUCCAACCUUUUCCUACCAAAAGUACCAGCCGUUUUUGAAACUCAUGAGAAUAUAGACAAGCCUAUUUUUUUCUUUCUUCCUUUAGAGCCCCAUGUUUGGGUUCUCAAAAAUUUGGAAAGGACAGUGUAAAGGCUACCUGGCAGUUAGAAGCAACAAGAGUCCCCAACAGUGCAGAGAACACUGCCUCCCAUAAAUGUUAAUACUUUUUAGUUUUUAGGGAUCUUUUUGAUAUUUAAUCAUAAGACGUUUCAAGAUAGGAGAUGGUUGAGAAACUAUUUCUCCAUUCUUCUCUGACUUGGUUUUUAUAAAGCCUGAUCUCUUGCAGAAUUACACGAUUACCUGUGCCAUGUAUAGGAUGUGAUUUUUAAAUUUCACUGGGUCUUUCCUGAAAGUCUUUUCCUCCUGCCCAAAGGGCAGGAAUUUUGCAGCAGCCAAUUCUGACCUAAAUUUUGAGGGGACUUCAAUGGGAAGAAGAGACUGUGAGUAUCAGAUGUUAGUGCAAAUAAUCCAUGAUACCGCUGCUUAGAUACAGCAAUAUGAUCUUUAUUUCUGUUCUUCUGUAGUAAUGAACCAAAGGUAUAAUGUUCUUUUGCCUUAAGGACCGAAGUGCAUUGAAUGUAUGGAGACCAGCAGGGGGGAGGGCACAUUUGCAUACCCUGUUGUCUGUAUCCCCCAUUGAUAGCUUUUUGGUACUAUGUCCCUCUCUUUCCCUUGUUUACUUCUGCUAAAGAUGGUAUUACCUCUCUGUUGUAUGAAGAACCCAGUAACCGUUAAAAUGACCGCAUUUUCCUGAUAAUAAUCAAGAAGAUGCAUGCCUUAUUUUUACUUUUUUAAAGUUUUACUCCAAAAGUAGUUAUGAGAUUUAUAUGGAAGCAUUUUUAUCACAAAAUAAAACGCUUACACAUCACA